CGUUAGCCACCUGCUUGUUGCAGAAACUACAAGCAAGGAACCACACCAGGAAUCUAAUUCUUCCUUUCCAACUCAUUUUACACUUCCUUGACGCGUUCACCGCCUAAGAGGCUCCCUAUAUAUAGAACCAGGCAACCAGCAACCAUAAAAAUCAUCACAGCAUUGUUUAUUGUUAAUUACAUCGAUCUUUUAAUUAGAAUUGAGUGUUAAUCUGCAUUGACUCCUACAUCCCCACGGAACGUAGGCCUCCAGCUACGUUUCUUCUUUGGUUUUUGGUAGGUUAAUACAGCUUAAUCCUUUCUUUAAUUUGUCAAGUGUCAUUUCUGUUUCUCCUAUCUGUCAUUAUUCCAUUUUCUGCUAGCUUUUGAAAUUAUACAUGGCCCCCCAUCUGCAUGCAAACAUGGUUUGCAUUGAACGUUUACUUGAUGUCCCUGCCACCCUUAGCAAACCCAACAAAAGAUGGCUUUUAGCUUUUGCAACUAUCUAUUGUUCUAGGACCAUUUACUCUCUAGCGAAAAUACCAGUUGUUCAGCUCAAAAGGCCCACCAACAUUUCUUCCUCUCCGUCUUAUACUUCACUAAACAUUAAUUUAGACAGUGAGCACUUCAAGAUUCAUCAAUCAAGUCUUGCAGAGCUUGUUAACAAGAAAGACCUCCACCAACUUCAGAAUUUUGGUGGCACUGUUGGUGUUGCUUCUGCCAUUGGAACCGACAAAGAUGGUGGCAUCUAUGGCGGUGCUGAGGACAUUGCUCGCCGACAGCAAGCAUUCGGUUCCAACACGUAUAAGAAACCACCAACAAAGGGCCUUUUACAUUUUGUAGUGGAAGCGUUUAAAGAUCUUACCAUUGCCAUUCUUUUAGGCUGCGCAGCGCUUUCUCUUGGAUUCGGUGUCAAAGAGCAUGGUCUAAAGGAAGGUUGGUAUGAUGGUGGCAGCAUUUUCGUUGCUGUUUUUCUUGUCAUUGCUGUCUCUGCUAUAAGUAAUUAUAGACAAAAUAGACAGUUUGAUAAGUUGUCGAAAAUCAGCAGUAAUAUCAAAAUUGAUGUUGUGAGAAGCGGGCGAAGACAAGAAGUUUCAAUAUUUGAAAUUGUUGUGGGGGAUGUCGUCUGUCUAAAGAUUGGAGAUCAGGUUCCUGCUGAUGGAUUGUUCAUUAAUGGGCAUUCCUUACAAAUAGACGAAUCCAGCAUGACAGGAGAGAGCGAUCAUGUGGAAAUCAAUCACAAGAAAAAUCCAUUCUUGGUCUCUGGCACCAAGGUGGCUGAUGGCUACGGUCAAAUGCUUGUUACUUCAGUUGGCAUGAACACGACAUGGGGAGAAAUGAUGAGCCACAUCAGUCGCGACACAGAUGAACAAACACCUUUACAAGCUAGGCUCAAUAAGCUAACCUCAUCGAUAGGUAUGGUUGGAUUGACUGUGGCUUUUCUUGUUCUUGUAGUUUUGUUGGUUCGCUACUUCACUGGGAAUACACAGGAUGAGAGUGGGAAUAAGGAAUUCAAUGGUAGCAAGACCAAGGCUGAUGAUAUAGUGAAUGCGGUGGUGGGGAUUGUAGCUGCAGCAGUGACCAUAAUUGUGGUUGCAAUUCCUGAAGGAUUACCAUUGGCAGUCACGCUCACUCUUGCUUAUUCAAUGAAAAGAAUGAUGAAAGAUCAAGCAAUGGUGAGGAAGCUUUCCGCUUGUGAGACUAUGGGCUCUGCCACCACAAUUUGCACGGACAAAACAGGCACUCUUACAAUGAACCUGAUGAAGGUGACGAAGUUUUGGCUGGGUCGAGAAUCGAUGGAACAGAGCAGUCCUUCUAUUUCUCCAUAUGUUCUUGAAUUGAUACAACAAGGGGUUGCUCUGAAUACGACUGGUAGCGCUUACAGAGAAAGUCCAGAAUCUAAGUUUGUUUUCUCAGGUAGUCCCACUGAAAAAGCAAUUCUUUCUUGGGCUAUCCAUGAACUGAACAUGGAUAUGGAGCAAAUGAAGCAUAGUUUUACGAUUCUCUAUGUCGAAGCCUUCAAUUCACAGAAGAAAAGGAGCGGUGUUUUGUCCAGGAAAAAAGUGGACAACACAAUCCACGUCCACUGGAAAGGAGCAGCGGAGAUGAUCCUAGCAAUGUGCUCGAGUUACUAUGAUGCUUCUGGAUUAAUAAAAGACAUGGAUGUCGGAGAAAGGAAUACAUUCAAGCAAAUUAUCCAAGUUAUGGCAGCUAAUAGCCUUCGUUGCAUUGCAUUUGCGCAUAAACAAUUAUCGGAGGAGCAAUAUGAAGAUGGAAAGGAAGAUAAAAGGCUCCAAGAAGACAGCUUCACACUAUUAGGACUUGUGGGUAUCAAGGAUCCAAUUAGACCUGGGGUGAAGAAAGCUGUUGAUGAUUGUCAACAUGCUGGAGUUAACAUCAAAAUGAUCACUGGUGAUAAUGUUUUCACUGCGAGAGCGAUAGCGAUUGAGUGUGGAAUACUCGAAUAUGGUGCAGAGAAUAUCAAUGGAGCUGUGGUAGAAGGAGAAGAGUUCCGAAAUUAUACACACGAGCAAAGAAUGGAGAAGGUCGAUAAAAUCUGCGUGAUGGCAAGGUCUUCUCCAUUUGAUAAACUUCUCAUGGUACAGUGCCUGAAACAAAAAGGUCAUGUGGUGGCAGUAACUGGUGAUGGCACAAAUGAUGCACCAGCAUUGAAGGAAGCUGAUAUUGGACUAUCUAUGGGAAUUCAAGGCACUGAAGUGGCUAAAGAAAGCUCAGAUAUUGUCAUUUUGGAUGAUAAUUUCGCUUCGGUAGCCACUGUUUUGAGGUGGGGUAGAUGUGUCUACAGCAACAUACAGAAAUUCAUUCAGUUCCAGCUCACAGUAAAUGUUGCCGCUCUUGUUAUCAACUUUGUAGCAGCAGUUUCAGCAGGUGAAGUACCACUAACAGCAGUCCAGUUGUUGUGGGUGAAUCUGAUUAUGGACACAUUGGGUGCUCUGGCUCUAGCUACUGAGCAGCCUACCCAGGAGCUCAUGAAAAAAACCCCAGUGGGUAGGACUGAGCCACUUAUCACCAACAUCAUGUGGAGGAACCUACUAUCUCAAGCUUUGUAUCAGAUAGCUAUCCUCUUGACACUCCAGUUCAAGGGAGAACCCAUCUUCGGGUUGACUGAAAGGGUAAAUGAUACUUUGAUCUUCAACAUUUUUGUACUGUGCCAAGUGUUCAACGAAUUCAAUGCAAGGAAGCUGGAGGAGAAGAAUGUUUUCAAAGGGAUACACAAGAACAAGUUGUUUCUAGGAAUCAUUGGUAUAACCAUUCUCCUACAGGUGCUGAUGGUGGAAUUUUUGAAGAAAUUUGCAGACACGGAGAGGUUGAACUGGGGCCAAUGGGGUGCCUGUAUCGGAAUCGCAGCACUAUCAUGGCCAAUCGGUUGGGUUGUCAAGUGCAUACCUGUUCCAGAGAAACCAAUUUUCAGCUAUCUCACUUGGAAGAAAUAAACCGUCGAAGUCAUAUGAUUCUUUUAUUUUUUUCAUAUCUUUUCCACCCUGAUUAGGGUUUAGAAAGAUACAGAUUAUUAAUUACUUAUUGUCUAUAUUUUAGAACCUCAUUAGAAGCUAUAUGGUUUCCAAUUAGAUUCGCAUUUUGGUGAAUACUUAAUAUAUUUGCUAUAUUGAAUCAGAAAUGAUGCUCUUAACAUUAAUAAAAGCGCAUUUGUUACGUGUU